AUGUUCCACGGCGAAUGGACAUUUGGCUUUCUGCAAGCAUUCACUGCUUUUUGUCAGUGGCUCCCGUGUCUUGACUCCCUAUUCCCCCCACCGCGAUGUCCCGUCGUUCGCUCACAUGCGUGCAAUGGGUUCUUAUUCUUCCCCGUCGUCUUUGGACUCGCCCUCGCCAUCGGUCUCUUCAUCCUCGCCUCUGACAAAACUGAGGCUGCUGGCGACAUCCUCCUCCUACUCUUGAGGGACUUGUGCGAUUACGUCGCUUUCGAGGCCUGCCUGGAAGCUGUUUUCGCUGUGUUGGCGAUGUUGGAGGGAAGACAGUCUCAGGAAAUCGGGAUUGACCAAGUCGAGGUCAAGACGGUGGAUACUCCUAUACUGGAUUGCAUAGGGCAUAUCGCUGGUUCGCCCAUGGCCACUCAACAGUUUUGCUCUCCGGUAACGAGUGACACUGCACGCCAUUCAUACGGUGACCUUCCGCGUAUCGACGCUCUUCACCCGUCAAGGACAUCCUCGGGUGAUGUAGAUUUCACAUUGGAUGUCCCUCAAGCACAGGAGCUAUCUAUGAUGUCAGUUCCGGUCAGCAGCCUGUACGCUACGGUCCCCCCACAGAAACCGAUAUCACGCAUUGCAAUUGAGGGCACGGCAGUCGGCUAUGCCGCGUUCCGCUCUGGUAUUAGCUCAAAGUCAACCCUGCCACUAAGUCGGAGACGAGAAGACAUAGAACGCUUCCUCACCAUCAUGUUUUCAGGAUCUACGGGCCAUGGUGGAGACGAUCAUUUCCCCUCUGUCAUUGAUCGUCCACAGAACGAUCGCUUUUACGCCUUGCGUCGAGAGGUGUACAAGUUGGUCACACAAGACACUGAGCCAACGGCCCAUAUGUCCACCUUGUUGUCAUUUAGAGACCUCCAGUUUUCCGAUCCAUUACGGCGCUCGGCUACUAGUUCCCUUGGGGUUGUUGACGAGACCGAACCAUUCAUUCCGUUGGACCAUAAUUGGUCUUCAGGGAUGAGGGCGAGUGCGACGCAAAGUAUUUCCACAGUCACGGUUACGCAUUGUUACCCUCAGGCACGCUGGGCAAGGACCGACCAGAACCUCAUCGACAUCGCAUAUCGAGGUUUACUGCCAGUCUCCACCGAGAUUUCUGGCACUAGUGACUAUUCCGCAGAUGAAGCAGAGGAUACGCCCAUAGCUCGGCGUUCAUUCUCACGGCCAUCGAACCCGGUCCUUCGUUCCGGUUCCUCAGACGCAUCCUUUCAAGGUCCCCUCCCAUCCGGCAGCCUCCCGCUUGAUGAUUUGCGCACGAUUGCUGACACAAUAUCCUUCCCAUCCGUCAACAAUCUCAUGCAGGAGGAUGCCUUUUCUAUAUUGUGUCGAGCAGUAUAUGAGGAGGUCAGAGAGGCUGCUUUGCCAAUGGCCCAAGUAUCGACGUCACUUUCUGUUGGAGCCCUUGACGACACCGGAAGUGCCCAUGGGAAGAACACCUAUUGCGCCCUUCCGCCGACCGUAUCCACCAAGAUUUCUGGCACUCAACAAGAUUCUCCGGACGAGGUCCUGGACGCGUCUAUGGCUCGCCCUUCGUUUCCACGGCCGUCGAACCCGGUCCUUCGUUCGGGUUCUUCAGAUUCUUCCGUUGAAGAUCUGGAGAUUAAUAAACCGUCCGAGGCACCGACAGCCUCGCCUAUUGUCACGGGUGUGCCGUCGUCGCGUAUUCCAAAAUUGACCCGGAAAAAGGGGGACUGUCCCUCCGGUUCGGGUCACUGGACCCACUCACACCGGCAGGCCGUCCUCGUCCCCAUCCCUCAUUCCAACCAGGUCUGUCAAGGGGCAACGACCUCGAACAGAUAUAUUACCCCUCUGUCCCCUCGUUGCCGUCCUCCCAGCGAAAUACUAGGCAACUCCGUUUCCCUGCACCCACGCCGACCAGGCGCAUGCAGGAAGAAAGCGGCUCCCAUUCGCGCCGAGCACAUUGUAGGGCCUGUUCUUCGCGAUCCUCACGAUGAAUCAACCAUACAGAAACAUCAACGAGCGCAUAGAGAUGACGAGGAUGUCGGUCGCACACCUACUACGUUGCCGCGUUGGGUACCUUAG